CGCUGCAGCUCAGUUUCAAAAUCCUGUUUCAGACCUUUAAUCAACCCGCCUCACUUGGAAAAAAAGGAAGGGAGAGUGAUGGAUUACUAUGGAAAGUAUGCAGCUGUCACUCUUGCCAUGUUGUCUUUCUCUCUUAAUAUUCUCCAUUCAUUACCUGAUGGGGACUUCAGCAUGCAGGGAUGUGCUGAAUGCAAAUUAAGUCUGAACCCACACAUGACAAGAUUGUUUAAUGGGCGACCUGUUUACCAGUGUGUAGGAUGUUGUUUCUCAAGGGCUUAUCCCACCCCCAUGAGGUCAAAGAAGACAAUGCCAGUCCCAAAGAACAUUACAUCAGAAGCAACAUGCUGUGUUGCAAGAUCAUUCAGAGAGGCUCCUAUUCCGCACCAUGAAAACACAAAGAUAGAAAAUCACACGGAUUGCCACUGCAGCACCUGCUACUACCACAAAUCUUAAGACCUCUGGA